GUCGAGUGUCCCUUGGGAAAGGAGGACAAUUUCCGUCGUCGUCGAUGGCUCAUAUUCAUGUCUUUGUUAGGGCAAAAGUUCCUCCGCCAUGCCGCAGCUUGCAUGGCAUGGAUAGGAGAAAAGUUCGAGAUGUGGCUUAACCUCGUAUCUUCUAACCGCAGCAUCUUUAUCCUCUUCCGUAAUUUCUUACGAGGCAAUGUGGUGAAGCCUCAUUCUGAAUCGGAAAAUUUUCUGUCGUUCGUGGGGCACGUAGACAGGCGUGUCGAUUUGGACAAGAACAUAAAACCUGAAGACAGCAGGUACCAUGAGGCACUCGCUGUAAUGGCUGCUAAAGUUUCCUACGAAAACGAGGCCUUCGUAAAAAAAACCGUUAGAGAUUGCUGGAAGAUGGAAUUACUUGGGUAUUACAACUUCUGGAAUGAUUAUCAAAGAAAGAAAACCACAGAAGGCUUCAUGUUCUAUGAUCAAGAGUCUGAUACAGUGGUUGUUGCCUUCAGAGGUACUGAAGUCUUUGAUGCCGAUGCGUGGAGCACCGAUGUUGAUAUCUCCUGGUACGAACUCCCACAAAUGGGAAAGAUCCACGGCGGAUUUAUGAAAGCCCUAGGGCUAGUGAUGAGCCAGGGUUGGCCGAGGAAUUAUGAACAGAACGACGAUCAUCCACUGGCUUACUACACCAUUAGAGAGAAGCUGAAAGAAGUUUUGACGCGAAACAAUGAGACGAAGUUUAUCAUGGCUGGUCACAGCCUUGGUGGGGCAUUGGCGGUGUUGUUUCCGGCAGUUCUAGCGUUGCACGAGGAAACAUCAUUAUUGCAGCGAUUGAAAGGAAUUUACACGUUUGGACAGCCUAGGGUUGGAAACGAAGACUUCAAGAGUUUCAUGGAAAAUCAAAUAGAUAGACAUGGGUUUAAGUACUUGAGAUUUGUCUAUUGCAACGAUAUUGUUCCUAGAUUGCCUACUGAUGAUGACUCAACCUUUUUAUUCAAGCACUUUGGAACUUGCCUUUAUUAUGAUAGCUUCUACAAAGCGAAGGUAGUUCCAGAAGAACCGCAGAAGAAUUACAUAUCCCUAUUAUUAGGGAUACCGAGGUUGCUGAAUGCAUUUUGGGAGCUAAUAAGGGGCUUUAUUCUGCAAUACAUCAGGGGCCCAGAUUAUAGAGAAGGCUGGUUGCUGAUCCUGGUGAGAUUUGUUGGACUCGCUCUUCCGGGUUUAGCAGCCCACAAUCCACAGGAUUAUGUCAAUGCAACUCGACUUGGACGUUCUGGCAUUUGCAAGCGACCCAAGGAUAACUCCACAUCCUGAAAUUAAUUUGAAGUCCAUUAAUUGCAAAGAAUCAAUGACCAUACAGACC